CGGCGCUGCCCUGAGAGGGGUCCAUACGGCGUUGUUCUGAGUGAGUUGAUUUUGGGUUCCCGGUGGCUCCCAGGGCCUUGAGGACAAGCUUCCUGUCAAAACGAGGUAUAGGAGGACCUGGGUGAAAGCCUGCCGACGGAGUGCGUUAGUCUCUUGACUAGGCGCUCUCACGCUCAGACCGGCGGUCUACACGUGGCCGGGCCCGGGCCGGGGCGUUCCCACAAGGCCUUGGGAGCGGGCAGAGGUUGCGCUCCCGCCGCGGAGGCCCUGGGUCGGAGUGCGGGUGGCUGGGGGUGCAGAGAGACCACCCUACGCUCUGCGCUGGUUUUGACUCAGAUCCCGACGCUCGGUUGUAAUCCCGAGGCUUAUGCUCCAGUUUUCUCCGUCUACUUGAGUUGGUCUCUUCCUUGUUCGUGGCGUUCAGGAGUUAAGGUUCUUGACGAAGUUUUUGUUACUGGAAAGAUAAAACGUCGCAUUUCUGUUCUCGAUUCAAAAUAAUUUGGACAAGGAAUGCAGAAACAAUCAUAACAGACUGAGGUGUAGAGAGAAGGAUGUUUAUUAACGAACAGACGCGAAAGUACUCUCGGGGAAGAAAGCAGAUUCCCAUCGUAACUUAAAGGGAAGCUUUCACAAUGUCCGGAGCCCUUGAUGUCCUGCAAAUGAAGGAGGAGGAUGUCCUCAAAUUCCUUGCAGCAGGAACCCACUUAGGUGGCACCAACCUUGACUUCCAAAUGGAACAGUACAUCUACAAAAGGAAAAGUGAUGGCAUCUACAUCAUAAAUCUGAAGAGAACCUGGGAGAAGCUUCUGUUGGCAGCACGGGCCAUUGUUGCCAUUGAAAACCCGGCUGAUGUCAGUGUCAUAUCCUCCAGGAAUACUGGCCAGCGAGCUGUGCUGAAGUUUGCGGCUGCUACUGGGGCCACUCCUAUCGCUGGCCGCUUCACUCCGGGAACCUUCACUAACCAGAUCCAGGCCGCGUUCAGGGAGCCAAGGCUUCUGGUGGUUACCGAUCCCAGGGCUGACCACCAGCCCCUCACAGAAGCCUCUUAUGUUAACCUGCCCACCAUUGCUCUGUGUAACACAGACUCUCCUCUGCGCUACGUGGACAUUGCCAUCCCAUGCAACAACAAGGGAGCGCACUCAGUAGGUCUGAUGUGGUGGAUGCUCGCCCGGGAAGUUCUGCGCAUGCGUGGCACCAUCUCCCGAGAACACCCAUGGGAGGUCAUGCCGGAUCUCUACUUCUACAGAGAUCCUGAAGAGAUUGAGAAAGAAGAGCAGGCAGCAGCUGAGAAGGCUGUGACCAAGGAGGAGUUUCAGGGAGAAUGGACUGCUCCAGCCCCAGAGUUCACCGCCACUCAGCCCGAGGUGGCAGACUGGUCCGAGGGCGUGCAGGUGCCUUCCGUGCCGAUUCAGCAGUUCCCCACGGAAGACUGGAGUGCUCAGCCUUCCACUGAAGACUGGUCGGCAGCUCCCACCGCUCAAGCCACUGAAUGGGUAGGAACCACCACUGAGUGGUCGUAAGCUGUUCUUCAACAGACUUCCACCAAAAUGGAAAAUAAACUGUUUCUAAAAA